UUGUUUCAGGUGGAAGUCAGAGUACUAGACGUGAACGACAACGCACCAGUGCUGGCUGCAUCGGCCACCAACGUUACCAUACUAUCGGAUAUCGACCCGUUCACGCCGAUAGUCAUGCUCCAUGCACAAGAUCGUGAUCUUAGCCCUGAAUUUGAUUAUUCGUUAGAAGACAGCUCAGGACUCUUUCGUGUUCAUCCUAAGCUCGGUUUUGUCACUGUCUUUGACAGACUUCCGCAGAUUAAUUCGACAUACCACAUUGUUCCCAUAGUUUCCGACGGCUUAUUUGUGGAUAAGAUGAAUAUUACCAUAAAAGUGAUCACUCCACCAUCAUCGAAGGCAGCCAUUACAACCAGUGAUUACGAUUUAAUCGAAUUUACCGAAGAUGCAUAUGAAUUUGUCGUCGAAGAGGGGAAAAGCGAAGCCUACGUUGGUCAGGUGGAUGUCAAUACAACAUCCCACGUUAUAUUCAGCAUAUUUCCUGAGAACAUAAACGAAUACUUCAAAAUAGACAAAAAGAACGGUCGCAUUUACACUCGUGCCGGCUUGCAGUACACUGCAAUGCAAUCAACGUACAGCUUUCUGGUUAGCGCUGAGCUCCAAGAUGCUUCCUCAGUCAGGGUAAGCUAAAU